AGAGAGGAGAAAAAACUAAACGAAUAGAAAGGAGUGAGCGGUCGCACAACAAAAAAACCUUGUAUAUGUGAGUGAACGAGUGUGUGUGUGUGUGUGUGUGUGUGUGUGUGGUAGACCAAUUGGCAUACGAGCGAGAGAGAAAGAGAGAGAGAGAGGGAAGGAGGGGGGUAGGCACGAGAGAGCAAGCGCAAGAGAGAAAGAACGUGCGUACGAGGGCUAAUGUAAAACCAGAUUAAAAACACAAGAUGGCUUCCUGAAUGGGCUGCUGGAACACAGACGAGAGAGAGAGACUGAGAAGGAAAGAGUGGGGAGACACAGAAAGAGAAGAAAGGGACGGAGGGAGAGAGGUGAGGACGAGAGGGAGCCGAGUCUUCUAAUGGGGAUUCGGUCAGCGGACGGAGGAGUACAAACUGAGGCAGCUCCGAGGCUUGGAGGGUGGAAAACUUUGAAGAAAACAGUCAAGGCUGCUCGGGACACCCUGAACUAGCAGCUGAGACUGUUCACAAAGUUACUUCAGUGGAUGGCCCCAGAAGUGGAGGCCAGAUGGAAAUUGGGUCACAUGACCGCCUUCAGGAAGGCGAGCUGAGUCUGGAGUUGGCCAAUGGGGUGAACCCCUACCCUAAUGAUGAUGAGGCCUCUAUGGAAACAGAACAGCAGAGAGCAGGAAGUGUGCCUUCAAGGCAAUGUUGGGUGCCAGGACAAGGAAAGGUCAGUGACACCCAACAGCAGCAGCCGUGCUGGAGCAGCAACGAUGAUACAACCCCCUCUGAACCUUUCCACCAUGCAAACAUGGAGGAUGCUCACAAUCUGGUGGCUUUUUCUGCUAUUGCUGGCUCCCUGCCUCCUUCCUCUUCCUCUUCUUGCAACCGUGUUCAGCCCAACAUGGCCCAGCUGUAUGAGCAGUUCAUCCAGGAGACAGGUGCUGGUGGAGAUCGUUCCAAACUCACUGCGGGGGUUCCUGAGGGAAGCUGUCAACCUCUAGAGGAUCUUGACACCCUACAGAAAGCACUAAGUCAAGCCAAACAUGGCCACAAGCCUCCGAACUGCGACUGUGAUGGGCCUGACUGUCCAGACUACCUUGAGUGGUUGGAAAAGAAGAUUAAAUUAGCAACCAGAGAGGAUCAAGGCUCCCACAAAAUCAUUGAUGGUGCCACACACUUACAACAACUCCAUUUGCAGCAACACCCCCAGACCUUCCAACAAGUGAAUGGUGGUCACCAUAUGUCUACUUCAUGCUCCCAGCAGCAAGAGGUAACUCAAGGCCAUCAUCCAGAUCAAGUGCUCUGCUCCAAACCCCCUAUUCCUUGCUCUCCCCAGGUGCUUUCCAUAGCCAAGGAAAAGAACAUCAGUCUUCAGACAGCCAUUGCCAUUGAUGCCCUGACACAGUUAUCUGGCACCAGUCCUCAAGCUGUCACUUCUCCAGGUCAACACACAUUUAAAAAUAACCUCCAUAAUCACCAACAUAUCCCAAACAUUACACCUGGCUUGAUCCCACCUUCUCCUGGCAGUAACUCAUCUUCACGCUCUCAGUCUGUCCCUCCAGGAAUGCACACAAACCAGCAGGCUUCAGCAUCAUGUGAACAUCACAGACCCCAGUCCCAGGGUCAUUCGCCCCAUGUUACUCCUCUCCCAUCCUCUACCUCUACUUUCCCAGGUCAGGGAAAAAUUCCAGGCUACAGUCCUAAUCCCCAGCAGUGGCAGCAGAACUCAGGCAGAGGUUCUGAACAGAAGAAUCCAUGGAUGUAUAUGAAGUCUGAGCCCCAGUCUCGCUUUGUUGCUACAGCUCACAACGGUUCUGACCCAAUGUCAGAGCUUAAACAGCUGCUUGGUGACACCAGUGGCAAGUUCAGCAAUUCUCCCUUCAAGCUUCCAGUUGCACAGCAGCUCAAUUUGAACCAGAAUGGGAGUAUUCAGGGCCAGGGAAGCCCAGCACUGGUCAGGAUAAAAAAAGAACCAGACUCUGGUGAGCAUUAUCAUCACACUGCCUCCAUGGGACAUUAUGGCAUGUCUAAUGGUGAACAGCAGGGUCAGCCCUACCCUGGUAAUCCCAUGUCUCCUGGUCAAGCAGCCAUCAGCCACUCCACUCAGGCAGCUCUACAGCAGCACCUUCACUACAAGAGGAACCUCUUCUCCACCCACACCUCUGGCUUUGGAGCAUCAGGCCCACGUGCACCUCUGGCUUGCCAAAACUUGAAGAAAUGGUGGCCCCAGAUGGAAGCAGGAGGUUUGUCACAUCUGGCAAUCAAGCAGGAACCCAAGGAACCCAAGAAGAAAAAAAGCAGCCAAGGAUCUCCUGUAAUGAAAGCUAUGAGUGGGGUAGGCCUUCCUCUCCCCAAACCUAAACAAAUAAUCAUUAAAAAGACCAAGCAGAAAGCCUCCAUGCCAAUCUUCCUGCCUCAGAGUCAGAUUUCCAUGCAAAAACCACCGGUCCACAUGAUAGACAGAGUCCCGGUCCUGAACAGCCUGCAAGCAUGCACUCUCUCAUCACUUCCCCUCAACAGUAAUUCCACUCAGGCCGCUGCAGCAGGCCUUUCUGCCCUGGCCCAAUCUCAGGUAUCCAUUUCCAGCACCUCAAUGACUCCCACUUCCACUGUUUCUUUUUUGCCAGAAAACACUCCAGCUCUCACUGGCUCUCUGCUUCCACCUGUGGCUCCAGCCGGAGCCCACGAUAAAUCAGAAGGAACAGACAGCCUGGCCUCUAGUAACACCAGCACUACCACACCUGUGACCUCCAUAGCUCCAUCCAGCAACUCACAAUUACAGAAUCUCAUCAACAUAGAUCCAAAGUACGAAGAACUGAUCCGCCAGUUUGAAGCUGAAUUUGGAGAUUCAGUUCCAGACUCAUCUGCCACUCAGCCUGAGGAGGAGACUAAUACUACAGCCCCAAAAGCAGGGAAUGAAUCCGUAAUCAGUCCUCAGGACCUCAAUUCCAUAUCAUCCCACACUUCCCAUUCGGUUCCCUCAGUUCCCAUCACUCAAGCCAACUCCAAACCUCAUUCAGAUGAUCAGGAGAUGGAAGUCAACAACUACGGGUCAGGGAUCCAAAGUGAAGCAACCAUGAGCCAAGCAUCCAUUGAGAGCCCUAUGGAAACACAACAUGAGCGACCUGUUGACUUCUCUCUGCACCAGGAGUCUGUUUCAGACAAGCAGCAGCAGGCCAGAAUGUUACAGAAUACAUUCAGCACGCCAUGCUCUCCGCUGCCUAAACGCAUGAAGUUUGAAGCUUCAGGGGAGGUAGCAGUACUGUCCACCACAUGCUAUUCAGAGGAGGACACCCCAACCAAGGAUGGUCUACCCUGUUCUCCAUCUCUUCGUGGCUUCCUAGACUCCCCUUUACGCUACCUGGACACCCCCACCAAGAACUUGCUUGAUACUCCUUCCAAGGAUUCACAGGCAGAUUUUCCCACCUGUACAUGUGUGGAACAAAUCCUGGAGAAAGAUGAAGGGCCCUACUACAACCACCUGGGAUCUGGACCUACUGUAGCCUCCAUACGAAACCUGAUGGAGUCAAGGUAUGGAGAGAAGGGGGAAGCCAUCCGAAUAGAGAAGGUGGUGUACACAGGCAAAGAGGGGAAGAGCUCGCAUGGGUGUCCUAUAGCCAAGUGGGUGAUCCGUCGUAGUAGUGAGAAGGAGAAGCUGCUAUGUCUGGUGCGUCAUCGUGCUGGCCACCACUGUGCCAAUGCAGUCAUCAUCAUCCUCAUUCUAGCCUGGGAGGGUGUCCCAAGAGCCCUGGCUGACAAGCUGUACCGCGAGGUCACUGACACUAUCACCAAAUUCGGCAACCCCACCAGCCGACGGUGCGGCCUCAAUGAUGAUCGUACCUGUGCUUGUCAAGGCAAGGACCCUGAAAAGUGUGGUGCUUCCUUUUCAUUUGGUUGCUCCUGGAGUAUGUACUUUAAUGGCUGUAAGUACGCCCGAAGCAAAACGCCACGCAAGUUCAGGCUACAAGGAGAACACCCUGAAGAGGAGGGCAAACUCAGGGACAACUUCCAAACUCUAGCAACUGAGGUGGCUCCUUUGUAUAAGCGACUAGCACCACAGGCCUACAGUAACCAGUGCCUGACAGAGUCCCGAGCUCCAGAUUGCAGGUUGGGUUUGAAGGAAGGCCGUCCAUUCUCUGGAAUCACUGCUUGCAUGGACUUCUGUGCCCAUGCUCAUAAGGACCAGCAUAACCUCCACAAUGGCUGCACAGUGGUGUGUACUUUAACUAAGGAGGACAACCGUACGGUGGGGGAAAUCCCUGAGGACGAGCAGCUCCAUGUGUUGCCUCUAUACACAGUAUCACAGACGGAUGAGUUUGGCAACGCAGAGGCCCAGCGGAUCAAAAUGCAGACAGGAGCUUUUCAGGUUCUUCAGGCUUUCCGACGUGAGGUACGCAAGUUACCCGAGCCUGCCAAAUCCUGCCGACAGCGCCGGAUGGAGGCCAAGAAAGCCGCCUCAGAGAAGAAGAAGAAUAAACUCAUACAGCAGACAGGGGAGACGCCAGAGAAAACAAUGAUCAAGACUGAGGUCUGCAUCCCCAGUUCAGCCCAACCCCAUGGUAAUAAAGCAAUUAUAAAACAAGAGGUGAAGCCUAAAAUCAAGACAGAACCCUUCAACGGAUCAAUAGAUGGAUACCCUGUGCAAGCAACAGACCCAUUCAACAACAUCUAUCAACACCCUGCCUACUAUGCAAGGGGAGCCCCUUCCCCAGCAGGUCAGUCCUCUGCAGCUGAAGCAGUAAAUGGCUACCACCCCAGUCUGCCCGCAAUGCCCUACGGCUACUACAACUACCCAUCCAAUGCACUUUUCCCACGUAAGCUGAGGACCUAUGAGGGUCGAAAUGGGUCUUUGCCUAAAACAGGUAUUAGGCCUGCCGAGGCAGACAAGAAGCCUGAUAUCCAGAGCCUUCAGGCCAGACUGGCCCAGUCCUCCACCAGCCAGCUGGAGCAAACCAACCAACUGAACCACAGUGCUUACACCCAGUCUGCAGACUGCAACCAGUCCCGUCCUUCCUCUGUUUCCUCUGACACCUCCAACAGAGCCACUCCAGUCAUCAAAAAGGAGCCUGUCGAUGUGCCAGUUUAUGAGGGUGCAUUACCAAGCCAGGCUGGUGCCAAUACAUCAAGAGCCACCCCCCAGCCUGCAGCCUGGCCAGGGUACAAGCUUAAUGGGAGUAUUAUUCCGACACCCUGGGAUGGCCAUCUAAACCAUAGACAAAGUCCCGAAGCCUCUUCUUUGAACUCAAACAAGCAGCCGUUUCACCAGCAUUCCCAGCAGCGGUCCUCUCCUUUCCCCCAGCAGUGGACAUCCUUCCCUAGUUCAACCCCCCCACUGCCUUCUCCGAGUCCAUCACUCCAAGUAACUCCAUCUCCACCUCCGUCCCCUCAUGUAGGCACAGUGCUCCAGGCUAACUUACACCAAGGCUCCACACGUUAUGCCACCCCUCAACCAGGGACACCACAGCCUGGCCCCUCUCACUCAGGCUCACUUACUCCACAACCAAGUACCCCAGGCCCAGGGACCCACGGACACUGGGCCAGCCCUGCUCCUAGUCCCCAGCCAAAUGCUUGGGCCAUGGGGUCUGCUGCAUAUAGUCCUGGUUUGAAGCACAGCAAUCCCGCAGGAGCCUACCCAGAAAGGAUCUGGUCCAAGACCGGGGAAAAUCGGUGCUCCACUCCCCUUGGGCUUCAGGAGAAGACCUGGAAGUCUUGUGGAGGUUCAGUGGCCGGCAGCACCCCUUCCCCUGCUCCUGAGGGUCGUCUCUUCCCUGAUGCCCUGCAGCAGUCAGGUCAGGCCUACUGUCACCAAAGCCGAGCCGAAAGUGACGUUGCGGGCACCAAGCAUCAGGAAGAAGAUGAAGAGGUGUGGUCUGACAGUGAACACAACUUCCUGGAUCCCACCAUUGGAGGUGUAGCAGUAGCACCAGCUCACGGUUCCAUCCUGAUUGAAUGUGCUCGUCGGGAACUUCAUGCCACCACUCCAAUUAAAAAGCCUGAUCGUUCCCACCCCACCCGCAUCUCCCUGGUCUUCUACCAGCACAAGAACCUCAACCAGCCAAUGCAUGGCCUGGCUCUGUGGGAGGCAAAAAUGAAGCUGCUGGCAGAGCGAGCACUGCAGAGGCAGCAGGAGGCGGCUCUCCUGGGCCUCUCCCAGGAAGACAUUAAGACACUCGGGAAGAAACGCAAAUGGGGUGCUGCGAUGGCAGGUGGCAGUCCAGGACCUGGCCAAUCUAAAGACAAGAAGGAGGGCCCAGUGACACGGUUAGCCCCAACGUUCUACACCACCUCUAUGGUUACUGUGUCUACCUAUGCCUUCACACGCCUCACUGGACCCUACAGUUACUUCGUCUGAGGACAAACAAACACAGACUGACAGCUACAGAGUGGUGCAGUGGAGGAAUGGACAGAGCAACGAGCUGGACAAACGUCUCUGGCAACUCUCCAUCCUGCCCCCUCCACAGUCCGCUUGGAGGAGGGACAUUUUUAUUGUUUUUUACCUCAUGUCAGGCAGUGGUUUGGGCGUCAGACUCACUGCCUGUGGUGCUCUUCCUCUCUCUUUCCUGGAGAGGAACUCCAUCGCUUUUUCUUGUUUAUAGAAUUUUAAUGAUUCUAAUUAUUGCUAUUAUUACCGAUAUUAUUAUGAUUGCUAUUGUUACUGUCAAUGUUGUUAUUACAGGUAUUAUUAUAAUGAAGACUUGUUUUUUUAUUAUUGCUGUUUUCAUUAAUGUUAUUAUUAAUGAGGUGAUUGUUUUAUGUUGAUUUUUUUUUUUUUAAAUCAAUCAGUCUGAGUCACUCAGACCGUUGCUUUUUCCAUGUUUGGAAAACUUGUUCCUUUUUAUGUUUAUUUUCUUUUUCCUUAUCAAUCUUAAACUCUACUUAUAGGAGGAGCCAUUAUCUUCCAGAAAAGACAGCAAAUCAGCAUUAGAGAAAACAUAAUAAUGGCUGUAUACAAAAAAAAAAAGAAAAAAAAAUUGACUUCAUCGAGGUAUUUAUUAAAAACUGAUAAAGUACCAUAUAUUUGAUGUUAUGGAAAAAAACUACAAAAAUUCUUAUUUUUGAUAAACAAAACUUUCUAAACUUAUAAAUAAAACCAAUUAUAAUAUGAAAAUGAAUGCCCAAGUACAAAAUAACUGCAAAAAACCACACUGGUAGAAAUCAUUACUGCUUGUCUUGUCGUUAGAUGAUGUGUUCCUCCUGCUUAUCUGCACCCCUCCGGCUCUCGACUGGUGCUCAGCUUCUGGCUCCAAUAGAAUUUCAUUCCGCUACUCUUCAUGGCAUUUGAUGCUGUAAUAUGGUGCUCUAACUCAGAUUUGGCUCAAGUAGUGUUUUGCAAGGAAAUACUUUUGUUUUGGCUGAGAUAUUCCAGAUAGUCUACUGCUCUAAGAUGCAGGUGCAGAAUAUAUGUUGAGCAAGGAUAAUUAUAAUGGAUUAUUCUACAAAGACUGAUCUUUGCUCAUUACAAUUUCUGGUAUCUUGCACUUAACAGAGGCUAAAACAAGAGGUAGUACCUGCAAAUUCAAUUUAACCCAGAUCUGUGCUUACCACAAAGAGAUGGAGCAGGUGGCACUCUUUAUCUUCCUACAAGUAGGGGUGAGCACUUCUCAGUAUAAACUCUAGAGGGCAGCGUUGACUGCCAUUUCAAAGUGGUGUGUACAAGCAGACCUAGAAGCUCUUGACAUCCAUUCAGACUAGAAGGCUCACUUUGCUGUUUUAACCACCCUUGGCCAGUAGAGGGGGAUCUCACACCCGGUUUACUGGCAUUGGAUGUGGAAACCAAUGUUUGUCUCAUUGUAGAUCAGAUGUGAGCCAAGUCUGCAGAGGCAUCUGGGAAGCCUAUCCUAGGAUAUAGCAGUAGGAAACAGUGUUGGGACUGCAAUGCUCUUGGUGCUCCUACACACACUCUGGUGCUGUCCUGUUACACUUGAUCUACUGUGAAGGGCCCACUCCUUCCUCUGCAUGGUGCUGUCAUCUUAUAGCAGAGUGAGGUGUGUCCUUCUGCAGGCACCUUGUUACCACAGAGCCAGCCAGUCAUAGUGGUUGCAGCUUUGUCAUUGGGCUCAGCAACUGGUUCCUGUUGAGGAGGGUUUUUUUUUUUUUUUUUUUUUUACAGUUUACUGUGGCAUAUAACAAAAAGAAAAGAGAAAAACAAACACUGUCCAGGGCAGAGAAAGCACAUUCAUUCAUUGCAUCUCUUGAGAACACAUUAGUUGUGCUUUUCAUAGAGGAAACAGUACUGAGACAUAAAGGCAAACCAUAGAAAAUUACUGUAGCUUCAGGGUUUUGGCGCCAAAUACUAAUGCAUUGAAUCAAUUAAUCUCUGGCUUUGUGUCUCUGUGUGGGAAGGUGUGGCAGAAAGAAGUGCAUGAAAGAGAAAAACCAAAGCAAGAGACUUUUUGAUAGCAUUGCUAGAGUUCCUUGAAUUGUUUAUUUUUACUUUCUUUACGGCAGCAUAGUUUGCUUGUAGCGGGUGUUGAAAUUGAGAAUGAGUGACUACCAGAACUCGAUACGAGCCGGUUCCUCCCAGCUGCUGCUGGGGGCGUUGUUUGGGUCAUGGCCCUGGUUGUCUGGUUGUCCUGUUACCUCUCCUAAGGGCCUCCAGCUCUCUACCUCAUGCUGUAGAGACACUGGUCACUAUCACAACUUGCUACUGAGGGUAGAAAAUGGUGCAUGUCCCUUUGUGUGCUCUAGUUCCCCACACUCAUUUUAACCAGCUUUUUUUUUUUUUUUUAUUAUUUUGGUUUUUUGGUUGUUUUUUUUAACUCUUAUUUAUUACUACAUGGUGAUGAUGAUAAUGAUUGUCUUUGAUGUUAUUGUUUUUUUUUCAUCUUUUUUUAUAUAGCUAAUACAAAUUGUAAAUAGAGAAGAAAAGAUUUAUAAAAGCACUUUUAAUCUUGAUUUUAAUGACAAAAAGAAAGAGCCGAUUAUUGACAACUUGAAGCUUAGUUUUUCUGGGUUUGUUUUUUCUUUUUAAUUUUCUCAAGAGAGAGAUAAAAAUGUAAAUAUUAAACUAUUUAGGUAAGAUUAUUUAACUGGUGAGGAUAGUAACUAAACCAUUAAUGAUGGGGGUGUUUUGAAGUCUUGGACAGCCCUUGACAACACUUAAAGGCAGAUUUAUACUUGUGCGGCAUCUGCAUCACCGCCGUAGGCUCGGCUUAGCUCUGCAGAAGCUCGACGCGCAGCUCUUCUAGACCUGACGUGCUGCUAUGCAGACGGUUACGCAGCGGUACUCCCUUGUGAUUGGUCAGUUAGGGAUCACGUGUUUUCGGAUAUCUGGAUCUUCUCGCUGAAUUUGUGUGGUAAACACAGUUUUUAAAAACAAUAACCAGUGGCUCAAGUUAAUGAGAGGCUGAUCGAAUUAUUUGUUCGUUACCUUCCACAAGCUAAUAUAGACACUGAACCAUACUGGACGCCAUUGUUGUUUUAAAACAGGAAAUACCUACCCACCUGAAGUGAACCCUCAAAAGAACUCCGACCUGGCGAUACCACCCCUGCUGCCACCUUCAGAUUAGGAGAAGAAACUGCAACAUGACACCAAAACUACGUGUACCCCUACACUCGAGUGUGAGAGCAAACUCACCAGUGUCAGCUACGGCGUAGCAGACCGCACGCAGACGCAGCGCGAGUAUAAAUCCGCCUUCAGUCCUGAUGUGUGUAAACGUUUGCUCAGUAACACUGCUGUUUUGCUUUUGGAAGUACUGUACCGCCCACCCCCACCCCACCCUGUCAGUCUCAUAACUUUCUGAAAAUGAAUUCAUGAGCCCAGUUAUGUGAAACAAAGCCACACUCGGCUCACUGUCCAACAGCCCACCCCCUAAAAAUACAACUGGAGAGUCUCUCUUUCAAACAUCAUGUGUUAAAAUGUCUGAAUUUUAGAGUUUUACAAAAGCUCAACUGUUUUUUUUUUUGUUUUUUUUUUCGUCACAAACUAACCGCAAUAUCAAAUUUCCAUUUAAACCUAAAAGAUACAAAAACUGUGGUUCUGAACAGCAGAGGUGUACUGGUUAGUGGUUUAAGCCAGUGGUUCUCAACCUAUUUUCCUUGAAGAUCCCCUUCAUGCAAAUACUAAAAAGCCAUGAACACCCUGCCCUACCCCGUGCUGUAACCAUGCUAGGUUUUAUGCUUUCAAAAGUGACAUUCUCACCAUAAAUAAUGUUUUCUGGCCGAGUCCUGUCCGUCCAUAAAGCCAAAGUUAAAUUAAUAACAUAUAGAUUUUUUUUUCUUAAAAUAGGGACAAUGUGUGGACAGAAAUCACAAUUGCACUGAAAAUUCAAAUCCUUUGGGGACCCCCUGUGUUCAUUGAGGGACCCCCUUGGGGAGUCCUGGACUCUAGGUUGGGAACCACUUGUUUAGGCUAAGGGUAAAUCUAAAUCAGUAGCCAUGAAAAAAUGUGCAGUGUUCAAUUAAAAUAAAAUACUUUGAUGUUUUGAGAAAUAUACAAUUUUGCUUCCUCUCUGAGGGUUAGAUCAGACGAUCAUAACUUUUACCAUAAAGUUUAUUUAGUUUAAGUAAAAAAAAAAACAGAUAUUCUCCUGGGGUUACGUUGUGGUAACCUAGCAACCAGCAGAGAUUACAGGAUGCUCUAAGACACAAAACAAAGUGCUGUUUUUUUUCUUUUCACCUUGGCUUGUGUGGUUUUCUCAUGUUUUUUUUCUUUCAAAAUUAAGAUGAAUCAGUGACGUUUUAGUGAGUUAUAGCCCUGCAAAUUUGUUUUUCACUUGUGUUAGACUAUCAGGCAAGAGACUGCCUCCCUGCUUGUGUAGAUGUAUCUAUCAUUAUUAUUUAAGUAUGCACAUGGCAGAGAAAUCAUGAUGCCCCCCCGAAGAAGAUGGCAGAUUUAGGCUUGUAAUAUUUAAUGUCGUGACACAAGAUCCCGACUAACAGGAGUGGUGCAGUAGUAGGGCUUGAUUUGCUUUUUGAGGAUAAUGCUUGGCCCUUAUUUUACACACUUGCCUAAGAAACGGUGCUAAGGAUAUAAUGUACACCAUCUUAUUACAUUUAUUAAUCUCUAAAUGUCUCACAUUUAGUGAAUGGUUCUUAUAAGGGGUCCUACCUCCCAAGCAUGUACUGAAAUUGGGAUGGGGAGGGGAGGGGAGGGGGGUGGGAGGAAUGUUUUAGACAGCCGGUGCUAUGAUGCUACACCUUAACAUUCACUGUGUAAAAACAAAUAAAUGUGAGGGAGAAAUGAUUAUCUCGAAAAAUAUUUUUCUGAGCUCUUCGAAUGUCAAGAAAACUAUACUUUCAAUCCCAGCAGUUUCAGAAGAUGGGAAGCUGCCCUGGUGCUGACUUUAUGAAAAGUCUUUUGUUACAACGCUACAGAUUUACAUCUCUCAGAGGGCAGGAGGGCACGCUGACAGUUCAGUACAGCCUCUCGAUAUUCAUUCCAUGUUUUACUUGAAGUCAUUUAAACUAGGAUGAGGAAUAGAAUCAAAUUAUAUGAAGACUGUUAUCUGGGUUUCACAUUUGGUACUGUGCAAGUACUAAAAGCUAUUAGAAUAAUCUUUUGAGUAUGUUGUACAUGUACAUGUUAGCUGAAUGCUAAGAUAUUUGAUCAAUAUCAGAGUUGUGUACUGCCCCCCCCACCCACACACACACACACACACACACACACACACACACACACACACACACACCCACCUUCCCCAUGCACUUCCUUUAUUCAACCCCUCCCUUUCUCUUAAACCUUGUAUAUUUAGUCUUUCUGAAAAAUGUUUUCUCACACAAAUAUAGGUAAACAUGCAUCUCACUAUGUAUGGCCCACUGUUUAAAAUUCACCCAACACCCAAUUUUUCCGAACACUCUCCAAAUCUAGAACAGAGACUUGGACCCUGGCUCA